AUGUUUAUCUCCUCAUGUGCAUCUUCUCGUGCCCAUGCGCCUAGCACCUCAUCUUACCUCAGGCAUAUCUUACCUCAGAUAUUUGACUCUCGCGGUGAAAAAAACUUAGUAACCAUGCUUUACGAGCUUGUUGGAAUCGCACGGUGCGCAUCAGAGAACCACACCAAAGAGGCAGCGGAGGUUGUGAAGCAUAUUGGUGGACUGGUGUUGAAGAACAGAGGCGUUAUUCGCCAGGUAGAAAAUUGGGGGGUGCGUCCUCUGCCUCGUAUCUGGAACCAAAACCGCCAGAGUCACAUAAUCGCCGCACACUUCUACCUCAAGUUCGACUCGUCGCCGUCGGUGCAGCGUCAGAUCAAAAGAGCACUGGACUCAGAUGCUCGUAUGCUCAGAUCUACUAUUGUCCGGUUGGGCGGUAAAGAUUUGCCUAGUCUGAUCGAGUCAGAUAGAGUAUCUGCUUAG